AUGGCAUAACAAAAAAAAGAUGAGGAAGAAAUCAAAGUAAAAUCAUAGAUUUAUUCUAGACUUAUAAAAUGAUAGAGGGUGAUUAUUCUGUUCAAAUUAGAGUACUAGAAGCUAAUGAUCUCAUACCGACGUAUGUUAUGUAUCAAUAUUCUUUAGUAUAUCUGGGUUUGCAGGUAUUGGACUGCUUUCCUCUAAAGGCACCGCUUGUAAUGCAUUCAUAGAAUUGACAGUAUGUGGCUAAGUGAAACGAACUAAAGUUGUUAAGAAUUAAUUAAGUCCUAUUUUCAAUUAGCUAAUCUCAUUCAAAUUAAAUGAUAUGAAAAAGGCUUAAUUGUCAUCAGCUACAAUUACUGUGGCUGCAAUAGAUCGUAAAAAUGCACUCUUAGGAAAUAAAAUAAUUGGAUCAUAUGAACUAGAUCUAAGUAGUGUAUAUUUCAGUUUACAUCAUGAAUUAUAUCGAACUUAUCUAGCUCUCUCAGAUCCAACUGAUGAAAGAGAAGGGACAAUGGGAUAUGUUUUAUGUAAUAUAAUGGUAUUAGGACCUAAUGAUGAACCAUUUGUACAUGAUGUGGCCACUGAAAAAAAAGCAGAUGCUACUAAAGGAGCAACAUUAACUCCAAAAAAGAUACAAUAAUGGCCUCAUUGUAUUCGAAUUAACUUGCUUAAAGGAGAACAUAUGGUUCCAUUGGAUAUGACAGCAGCUGAAAUUGAUGCAUAUGUAGUUGUUAAAUAUGGUGGUUCAAAAAUCAAAUCCAAAGUUGUAACCAGUCGUAAUCCUGAAUGGUAUCAGCAAUUAAAUUUGGCUUGUAUGCUACCUAAUUAAAGCAAAUUUGUGGAUAUUAGUGUUUAUGAUUAUGAUCUUCUUGGAGAUGAUGAUUUAGUAGGAACCUUCUAACUUCCAUUCAAAUCAAUUCCAGAAUAUGAAUCACAACCAAUGUGGAUCAAUUUGUAUGGUGCUCCUUUACGUGGGGAAUCAAAAAAAGCUGAUAUGAUGAAUCUAUAUGGUAUGACGACAGGAUCUCAUUACAGAGGAAGAAUUUGUUUUACUAUUUGUCGUUUUGAUUAAAGAGAUGCAAAAACAUACAAAGAAGAUUUAAUCUAUAGAUUUCCAGAAAACCCUAUGCCAGUAUCUGAACAAAAAGGAUAUAUACUAAGAGUUGAUUUACUUGAAGGACAUGAAUUUCCAAUAAGAAAAUAAUCAAUUAUUCAAGUUAAAAUGGGACCAUAUCUAUUGGUCAGUCAACCUGCUACUAUUUAAGAUGGAUCAUGUAUGUUCUAUGAAAAUCUACCAGACAAAAAGGUAUUAUUCCCAAAAAACAUAAAUGAAAUACCAGACAUAAUCAUUUAUAUGGCAGAUGAUAAUAUGGAGGAUCGUAGACAUAGUUUCAUUCGUUUGAAACCUAAAGAUCUUUUGGAUACACCUCUUCAUCCUCAAAUUUUUAAAAUGACUGAAGAUAGAUCAUUGGAUUUGGUAAAAGAUGAUGAAUUUCCAGGAUUUCUAUUUGCUAAUGUUUAAUUAAUGAGUAAUAUGCCUGGAAUCAGGAAACCAUAUAAACCAAAUGCUCAAUUAAAAUUAGAUUAUUAAUUAAGAGUUUAUUUGUAUUUAGGGAGAAAUUUUCCUCCUGCAGAUGCUACUGGUACUUCAGAUCCUUUAGUGAAAAUAAGAUGUGCAGGAUAAAUUGUAUAAUCAAAGGCUUGUUCAUAAACAUUAAAUCCUGGUUGGUAUGAAACUCUAAAAUUGAAUGUGAAAUUAUAUCCAUUUGACAAAGAAGUAAUAGUACCUUCAGGAAUGUUUGUAAUGGUUUUUGAUUAGGAUUUAGAUGAAGAUAAUAAAGCUUCAUAUGAUUUGAUAGGGAGAAUAUGGAUUACAUUAGAACCUUAAAAGAUGUAAUUUUAAACAGAUAGUGAGAUUGUUGAUAUGUUUUACAGAAAACCAAAAUGGUAUAAUAUAAGGUAUGAUGCUACAGAUGAAAUAUAAGGUUAAAUACUUUUAGCAUAUUCAAUAAUACCUAAAGAAAAGGCUCAUCUUAUACCUGAUGAGAGUAUCUAUCCUAAUUGUGUAAAACAAGAUCUCAAUCUAUUUUGUAUUGGAUUACGUAAUUUUGAAGAUAUGAUUUAAAAUAUUACACCAAGUAAUGUUUCAAUUUCAUUUGAUAUCAGUGGUGAUGAUUAUGAUCCAAUUUACACUGAUUAUAAGAAAGUGAAGGAAAAGGGUGUAAAUAUAAAUAGACUAAUACCUAUUACUGUAGAUGUACCUAAGAAUUAGCAUUUUUCACCUGUUAUUGAUUGUUAUGUAUGGAAUUAAGAAUUGCCAGACAAACCUAAACUAUUGGGUGUUUAAACUAUUUAAUUAUCUAGGAUAUUAGCAGAAUAUUAUACGAAAUUAAAAUUAAAGCCAGGAGAGUAAAUGCCAGUUGAAUUUGAUGAGUCUGAUGAAGAAGAAAAUGAAUUAAUGAAGAAAUUAGAAGAAAAGUAAAAACCUCUUACUCUAGCAUAAAUUAAGGAAGCUAAUGCUAAUGAAGAAGAUGAACCAUUUGAUCUUGAAAAAAUUGAUUUAAAUAUUCCAUAAGAAUUACCUUUCAAGAAAAGAGUAGUUGAUGAUUAUGAAUAUCAAGAAUAUGUGAGAAAAUAAGAAGAAGAUUAUUAAUUAAUUAAAGAAGAAGAAGAAGAUUUACUAAAAUAAUCUCAAAUAGGAGAAUCAAAUGUUUAAGAUAUAAUGAAUUUACAAGAUGAUGUUCCUAUCUAUAGACCUACUACAUUUGGAGGUGGUUUAUAAAUAGGUUAAGAUAUACCAAAUUAAUAAUUAUAAUAAUCUCACUUUUCUAAUUAAAGCAAUAUGAUUAUUGAAUAGUUUCCUAAGGAAGAAUAGGUUCCAGAAGAAUAAAUACCAGUACGUGUCACAAGACCUAUGGAUAAUGAGAAUGCUGGUGAAAACAAUCCUAUUUAAUCUAAUCGUAAUCUUUAGAGUCAUUAAUCAAGAAGAGAAUCCUAACAACAAAAUGAUAGAGUUGAUAUAUAAAGCAAUUAAAAUUAAUAAUAGAUGGAUUAAAGAAGUCUAUCCUAAUAAUAGUAAAUUUCAUAAGUAAUACCUCAAUCUAAAAGAGGAUCAUAAUAGUAAGUAGAAAUUGAAUAAAGAAAUCAAUCAAUUUCAUAAUAAUAAUAAUAAUAAUAAUAAUAAAGAAAAGAAUCUUAAUAAUAAAUUAAUAAUGUUAAUGAAUAAUAAUCAUAAUAAUCAAGAAGGUAAUCAUAAUAAUAAUAAUUACUAUAAAAAUAACAAUCAUAAUAAUAAAUUGAAUAACAAUAAGAAAUUUAAAUUUAAAAACAAUAAUCUCGUCGAUAAUCUGAAUAAUAAUAACCCAGAUCAAAAUAAUAAUCUAUACAAAAAGAUAAUGAUUUAUAAUAGAGAAGAUAAUCAUAAUAGUAAUAAUUUGAGAAAUAAUAAUCUAAUCAACUUGGAUAAUCUUAAGAUUUCUAAAAAAAGUAACCAUCCAUUCCAAUAUCACCAAUUCAAAAUAGAAAUGGAUAUAGUUAAGGUAGUCAAUAAUAAAUUGAAGAUUUUAAUUUUUAAGGUAAUUUAGAUGAAUCAAGAAUAGUACCUUCAGAACCAAAAUCAAAAAAUAUGAAUGAUUAAUAAUAAAUGAAAAUAGGAUAAAGAGUUAUUUAACCACCUAUUUAAGGAUCUUAAAGAAGCAUAAGAAUGUUAAGUUAAGUUGAUUAAAGAGUAGUUUUUGAAACUGAAUAACAUGUCAAAAAUUAAGCUGAAUUAAGUCGUAGACAAUCAUAAUAAAUAUAAGAAGUAUAAGCAGUAUAACCAUAAAUGAAUUUAUCUGAAUAACUCUAAUAAUUACCUCAAUAAUAAUAACCUAUUAAGACAUUAUAAGUUCCGACUGAUUUAUCCUUUUCCAAAGCUUCAAAAGUAUCUUCAAAAGCAUUAUCAGUUAAUUCUGGUCCUAAAGAUAAUAUGGAUGCUGUAAAGAAGCCAAAAUAAAAAAAUAAGAAAAUGCUUAAAGGUUCUAAAAAAGCUAAGUUAUUUGGAUUUGCUGCCUUAUUACCAAAAAAGAAAAAAACUAGUGAUAUAGAAACAUAUGAAGAUUUUGAUACAGAUCCUGGAGAAGAUUUAGAUGUAACACCUGAAUGGUUGAAGGGUAGAAAAUUCUUACCUGAUGAUUUAGAAGAUAAAAUGAAAACUAGUAAGAAAUUUUUAAAAUACACUAUUAUGACUGGUUAAAGUAGAGGUAAAGAUACAUAAUUUUUAACUGAUAAAAAUGGACCUUCAAGAGUAUGUGAUUUCAAAUGUUUGUUUUUAGAAGUAAAGCCUGGAUAGGAUAUUGAAAAAAAGAAAGAAAUGUAUGUAAAAAUGAUGAGACCAAAAUAAUAUGUAUGUAGGUUAUAUUUCUUAUCAGGAAUUGAUAUUUAAAGUGGAGGUGAUGAACCACCUGAUUUAUAUUUAAAAGUAAGAACUGCAACAAAGGAACAUGAUUUAAAAAUGAUAUCAUUAAGAUAGUGUACAAAUAAUCCAUAAUUUUAUUUUCCAUUUGAAUUAUAAAUGGAAGUACCAGGAUCAGCUAUAGUAGAGGUUGAAAUUUGGAGUGUUUAAUCAAUUGGUGAUGAAUUAGUGGGAACAUCAUUGAUUGAUUUGGAAGAUAGAUAUUUUUCAGUAAUGUGGCAUUAAUUUGAAAAGAAACCAAUAGAGAAUAGAAAUAUUAAAGAUGAAUUUGGAUCUUCAGUAGGUAGAUUACAAUUAUGGAUAGAUUUGGUUGAAAAAGCUUAUGCAAAAAAAGAUCCAUUAAUUAAAAUUACUGCACCACCUCGUUAUUAAUUUGAAUUAAGAGUAAUUAUUUUUGAAACAAGAAAUUGUGUAUUCAAAGAUGAAUUAGAAAAAUGCAAUGAUUUAUAUUGUAAAGCAGGAAUAGCAAAUUAAGAAUUAUAAGAAACAGAUGUUCAUUGGAGAUGUAGAGCAAAAGGAUCUUUUAAUUGGAGAAUCAAGAAUAAAGUUACAUAUCCAUCACUUCCAGAUGAAUUUGGAACUGAUAAAUUUAAAAUUCAAUUAUGGGAUAAGGAUAUAGUUGGAUCAGAUGAAUUAAUAGGAGAAACAACAUUCAAUUUGAAUACACAUAAAAUGAUUGAAAAAGCAGUAAAGAGACUUCAAGCAACAUCUAUAAAUUAAAGAAUUAGAGAAAAAGGUGGUGUAAUAACUGAUAGACUUUGGGUAAAUAUAUAAAUAUAUUAAUUACUAGUUAGAUGUAUAUCAUCCAGAUGCAGUAGAUGAAGAAGGAUAGAAAAUAUCAUAAGGAUAAGUUUUAUGUUCUUUUGAAUUGUUGCCUCUUACAGAUGCUGAAAAAAAACCAAAUGGAUUUGGUAGAGAUCCUCCUAAUGUGUUCCCUCCAUUGAAUGAACCUACAGGUCGAUUAUCUUUCGAUAUCACUAAUCCACUUGGUUUUAUUAAAGAGAUUAUGGGUAAUUUACUAAUAUUAUUUAAGGUCCUGAUUUAUAUGAUAAAAUAUGUAAAUUCCUUUUAACUGCUCUACUUCUGACUGUUGGUGUUACUGUAGGAUGGAUAUUUUUAGGUCCUUUGAUUGCUAAUGUUGUUGUGAAGUGAUUUAAUUAAAUUAUUU